GGUAGCAUUUCCUGUUGCGCCCUUGUUUGCUCCACCGACUCCCCUCUCUACUUUCCCUCUCGGUGCCUACCUAUUACCCCCCUCCUUCCUCUACUCCGCCCGUAAUGGAGCAGCCGGCAAUGUCCCAGCCUGCUACCCACCGUCAAGAUGAUAGUCACCUCGUGACAGCUUAUUUUCCGAACCCAACACCCACUGUGCCUGCUGCUGCCGCACAUCCUCCCCCACACUUUCUGCCGGCGUCCUCCUCGUCGCCAUCACCUCACCACUUUCAUUCGGAGGUUGAUUCCUCUCCAUCGGAACUUCACUAUCUCGACGACUCCCUUCACAUCUCACAUCCUGAAUAUCAGCAGCCUCAGCGGCAUUCUCGACGACAGCAUAGCCUAUCACACCAAACCCCACAGACUGGGGAACAUCUAUAUCCGGAAUUGGGGCAGGCUUCGGUGCCUCCGGAGGCGUCGGUUGCCUCGCCUUAUCACGAGAACGGCUCCGUAUUAUCGAGGGCUUCAGGUGCAAGCGAAGUCGGGCGCAAAGAAGGGCGCGUUCGUGGGAGGUGGACCGAUCAUUCGUCAUAUAUGUCGGGAGAUAAUCACCCUAAUGGCGCAUCUCGCGUACAUAAACGAGCGAUUCAUGACGACGACAUAGCGCCGGAGGAAGAGCCGGAUGCGCUGUUGAUGCUGUUUCGACUCUCCAUUCCCGUUCCUGUAUUCUCCUUCUGCGCAUCGUUGUACACCAUCUUCGGCGUGCUCUUCGUCCUGCUUGUCUCACCGCUCCGCAUUUGUUCCUGCAUACCAUACUUUCGGGCGACGUCCUUCCGGGCACAGCUGUGUGGUCUGCUGAUACCCCAGUUGCAUAUCCAUGAACGACUGGUCUGCUUGCGACAAUCUUCUUCAAGAUCCUCAUCCACCCAGCCGAUAUAUGAUCCGGAGGGAUCCUAUGUGGCCGAAUCCAUCGACUCGUAUUCAAUUGGAGGGCUGCUCACAGUCCUCCUUCUAUCGCCGUUCCUAUCCAUCGCCAUAACUCUCCUGGCUUGGAUUGCAGCAUUUUUCUGGAUCUUCGCCAUGGUUCUAGGCAAUCCAGAUGGCACAGAGCGCAAAGACGAUGGCCGAGCAGCCGUUCUCGGAGUCUGCCGAUGGUGGCAGAUAUGGCUUGGCAAAGCCCGUAAGCCACUCGCUUAGCGUAUCCGUGUGAACCCCCCUUGUGGAUAUGAAAUUUGCUUUGAUCAAGUCAAUCCCGUUGUUUGAUGCCGGCAUGAUACCAACGUUUGGGAUAUGUGGAAUGAUCUUCUUGAGGCGCUAUCUUUCGAGUUUUUAUUUCGAUUUCACCCCCCCAUUUUUUUUCUUAUUCUUUUUUUUUGUCUUCAGUCACAUGACUGAUUUUGAGGAUUCCCUCCGGAGUUGGGAUAUUGGUCGCCGGCGCGGGGAGUUUAUCAUCCUUAUCGCCCAUGAAUCACGGGCCAUCGUAGAGAGGGAACGCUACUAUUAUGAGUUUCAGAAAGCGAAGGAAGGGAAUCUAGGAGUUGAGUUGGGUCAAAGCUGUCUUCUGGUGAAGAGAGCUUACCUUUGUUUAUGUGUUCUUCUCUUUUUUUCCCUUUUCAUGUACUCAUACAAUACCGAGUGAGAAUUGAUACCCACAUUUUGUUGUUUUCUUCUUCUCCUUCAUCCUCCUUCCCCACAUAGCAUGGACUAGUCAGCUAAGUUAGUUAGUACCCGAUCAAUUAUGGAGUAGAAGCAGAUCGAUCACCUAUCUCACCGCACAUCCAUACCAAACACAGAGUAGGUAAAUAAGACGAGUGCAGAAUGCAACAAGGGAGAAGAAAGAAAUCUUAGAGAAGGUGAAAGAUACUCCACCCCGCUUG